GUAGGGAUAUUUAAGAAAAGAACCCAAGUGCGGAAAUUGGACUUUUACGCAUGACGCAGGUGUUUGUGAAAGUGAAGCAAAAGUCAUCGGGGGAUAAAUCUGAGACAGUGACCUGAGCGAUGGAAACCAGAGAAGGCAGACCCGUCACCUGUUGGUGCAUUUAUGAUUAAAUUCUGUUUUUUUUCCAUAUAUAUAUUUCUUGAAAAGCAUGAGGGGCUUUUUACUCGGCUGGGCUUUACUUUGGGCGACGGUGGAGUGGAGCAACACGCAGAUGUCUGUACCUGCCACAGUGUUGAAUUGCUGCGAAGGAGACAUCUUCGUCUUGUUGGACUCCUCCGGAAGCGUGUCAAACUAUGAGUUUUCCCGUCUGGUAUUCUUUGUCACUGGGCUGACUCAGCCCUUCUCACUGGGUCGAGGGCAAGUCAGAGUCGGGCUCCUGCAGGUCAGCACUAGACCUAUUCUGGAGUUUGACCUGGACGCUCACAGUGAUCAGGAAAGUCUGCAGAAAGCUGUUGGGAAUAUCAGGCAUCUGCAGGGAGACACGAACACUGAGGAGGCUCUGCAGGUGGCCCAGCGGCUCCUGGCUGAGAACCAUGUAAAUGGACCACAGGUUCUGCUGUGGCUGACAGAUGGCGUGGACCCUGGAGACGUGGACCAUGCCAUGUCAGAGCUGAAGGCCCAGGGAGUAUCCGUGUUAGCUGUUUCUACUGUACACGGAAACUUCCAGGUGUUGCAACGUGCAGUGACACCUCCUCUGGAGUCCCACCUGUACUCUGUGGAUAUUGACAACAUUGACAUCAUUACAAAUGACCUGAGGGACGCCAUCAUCAAAAUCAUUCGAGCAGAAAGGCUCCGUGUGACUCACUUGACCUCCCAUAGUGCCGUGUUGCAGUGGCGUCCUGUUCUGACAGCAGACAGUGGGUACUAUCACCUCUGGUACAACUCGGUAGAGGGUACGGGCUCUGGGACCACACGUCUGCUCCGAGGUGACUCCAGUACCGUGGAGUUAACAAACCUGCAGCCUCAGACCACCUACACAGCCUCCCUUCGGCCGGAGUCCAACCAGAGACUGUUGAACACACUCUCUGUUCACUUCACUACACUUCCUGAUGUUUCAGGUCCAUCAGUGGUUUCAGUGUCAGACUCUGGCCCCCGUCAGGUCCGUGUGAGCUGGGGCCCCCUGCAGCCGAUUCAGGUGCAGCGAUACACGGUGGAGUACGGACGUAUCCCCAGUGGGCGCGUCCACACGGUGACGUUACACAACCACCAGAACACUACGUUACUGACCGGCCUGGAGCCUGACUCCCAGUACCUGAUCACAGUCAGCGCUCUGCACGUGAACGGAAAAGAAAGAGCCAUGUCUGUGAGAGCAUGCACACAGGAGGUUCCAGCAGCAUCUCUACCUGCCCUGGCCGACCUUCAGCUGAGUCCUGUGGAGCAACAGGAGGUUCAUGUUGCGUGGCGAGCCCGUCAGGAGGGCCUGAGAGGUUACUGGCUCAGCUGGGAGAGGCAGAGCUCCCACAGCUCCUCCAUCUACCUGCCUUCUACCACUCAUUCCACGAGGCUAACACACCUCACCCACGGCAGUCGAGUGUGUGUGUCUCCGGUCUACAGCUCUGGUCGAGGAGAUGGAAUAUGCUGCACCGCAGACACACAAAGAGAUUCCAGCCAGUGGGGUUAACAACUGGUUAACAUUCCUGCCAAAAACGAGAGAAAUCAGGCAUUUAAGUGCUGGAAGUGAUAGAUAACUUUUGUAAGGCUGUGUAUUAGAAUUUUUCAGUUAAAAGUUCCAUCUAAAAAUGAAUUUUAAGUGAUAGAAAAUGCUUAUCACAUAACUGCAGCCCUCAGAAAUCCAGCUUUCUGUCGGCACUGCCAACUUACUUAAACAUUUGGUGUCCAAGAUAUUCUAGAGCAAAUUGAGCCAUGAAUUAUGAAAUGGAGUCUACAUACAAAGUCAGUAUGCACAAGUACUAUUGUUGAAUUAUGAAAGUAGAUAAUGUCUCCCCCAUAACUUCUACUUUUACAUAUUAAGUCACUUUUUAAUUUUUUGUUUUAAUUUCUCUGCAUACUAAAAAAUCUCAUUAGUGUAAAGGACUGUUCUGCCUUAGUUUCACAUCAAAAUGUGCCAAAAUGUGUCAAAAUGUACAUUAUCACUAUCACAUUAUAGUAUAUAAUCAGGGUUCCCAUGCAUCCUGGAAAACCUGGAAAAUGAUUGACCAAUUUUCCAGUCAUGGAAACUAUAUGGAAAAUGGGGAAAAAGGUCAAAUGUCCUGGAAACAGUUAAGUUAUCCUGGAAAAUUAUUUAUCCUCCC